AUGGUGCUGAUGAAGAGGAUAUUUCUUUCUGCUUUGCAUUUCCGCAUUAAUACAAGAUAUCAGGUCAGUUCUAUUGGUGCUGAGAUGUUGGAGUUUCUAUCUGAUUACGGUAAACCAUCUGCACCCUGUCCUGCUGCAAUCCAAAGAAAGUACAUAUGGAUGGAAUCGCUUGAAAUACCAAAAGCAUUGAUAUCCGCAGAGCAACUACGGGAACUAAAGUCGCAUUUACGCCCAUCCUUCAUUCCUAUUGACCAAGAAAAUAGAUUGAUAAAGAUUUGUGAUGAGGAUACAGGAAUCAUAAUGUGGCGUCUUUCAAAUGGAAUUCCUGUGAAUUACAGAAUAUCUAAAAGUGAAGCCAAUAGUGGUGUUAUGCGCCUCAUAGUUGGUGGUGGGCGAGCAGCAGAAACUGCUGAAGCCAUGGGGGCUGUUAUUGUGGGUGUUAGAACCCUGAGUGAAGGAGGUUGUGUGGGGAAUUUUACGCGCGAGCAGGUGGAAUUGUUUUGUGUGAAUCAUUUGAUAAAUUGCUCUUUGGAGUCAACCGAGGAAUUUAUUAGCAUGGAAAUUCGUUUUACAUUAAGAGAUGAUGGAAUGCGUGCGGCUUUCCAGUUACUGCAUAUGGUACUAGAGCAAAGUGUCUGGUUGGAUGAUGCUUUUGAUAGAGCAAAGCAGUUUUACCUGUCUUAUUACCGUUCCAUUCCGAAAAGCAUAGAGCGGGCUACUGCCCACAAACUCAUAGUUGAUAUGCUAAAUGAAGAUGAACGGUUUGUGGAGCCCACACCUCAUUCACUGCAACAGCUAACACUUGAACAAGUGAAAGAUGCAGUGAUGAGUCAAUUUGUUUGUGACAACAUGGAGGUGAGUAUUGUUGGCGACUUUUCAGAAGAGGAUGUUGAGUCUUGCAUUUUGGAGUAUCUAGGCACAGCUAGACGAACGCUGCUUAUGCGUCAUGAAGCUGAGAUUAAAUCAAACACGUAUUGGCUAGGAUUGAUGGCCCACUUGCAAGCUACAUCUGUUCCAAGCAAGGAUAUCUCUUGUAUCAAAGAUCUGAUUUCACUAUACGAAGCUGCCACAGUUGAGGAUGUAUAUACCGCGUAUGAGCAGUUGCAGAUUGACGAAAAUUCAUUGUACUCUUGCAUUGGAAUUGUUGGGGCCCAUGUCGGGGAAUCUGUCGAAGCUUCCCUGAUAGAGGAGGAAUCAGUUGAGGGCCUCCACAAUGUUAUUCCCAUUGGUCGGGGCUCAUCUACUGUGACACGCCCAACUAUGUGA